AUCUGCGGACCAGUGUGACGCUCGGUCAGCUGACGUUCACUCGACCUUCUCCACUGCGGGAGAUACAGACAUCUAAACGUCUCCAUCCAUAGUGUUUCAACUAUAUCCCGUACUGAAGCAUGGCGAGCCAGUCUCAGGGCAUCCAGCAGCUGCUGCAGGCUGAGAAACGAGCCGCAGAAAAGGUCGCAGAAGCCCGUAAAAGGAAGAAUCGUCGUCUGAAGCAAGCCAAAGAGGAGGCACAGGCCGAGAUUGAGCAGUACCGUCUGCAAAGGGAGAAAGAGUUUAAGACAAAGGAAGCUGCGGCACUAGGCUCCCAUGGAAACUCUGCUGUAGAGGUGGAUAAGGAGACUGUGGAUAAGAUGAGCCGCAUCCAGAGCAGCUAUCAGCAGAACAAGGAAGCUGUGCUUGCAAACCUGCUGAAGAUGGUGUGCGACAUCAAGCCAGAGAUCCACGCCAACUACCGCGUCGCUGGAUAAACACCUCUGUCCAACCACUACAUCAGUUACAAUCCAUAAAGGCCCACAAAGCAUUGAGACAAAGACUGCUACUGGACAUAUCACGUUACAAUCUUAAUAUUUAGAUAGCUAGACUACACUGCUUAUCAAUACACUCCUUAUCUACUUUACAGCAGCACAGAUAAACCACUUAAUGGUCAUGGUACUUUAAUACUCAUUUCCGCAGUGUUUCAUAGUUUGCGUAUAUAUCUUUGAUAUGAUCCAAUGCGAGUCUUUGUCUCUGCUUUCUUAGUUAACUGUAGUAUUGUCCGGUUUACCAGAGUGAGUUUAUUUCUUUGUGAAUGUUUGUAUGAGUGUCUGUAUCUUGAUGCUACAUUCUUAAUUUAUAAGUAAUCAGAUUGUUUGUUUUAUCUAAGUGAUGUAUACAGUAUAAUUUUUUGAUGGCUCUUUUGUGACAAAGCUCAUAAUUAUCAUUAUCCUAAUGUAGUAUUCGUAAAUAAAUUAGCUCCACGCUUCCUCUCUGCGCUCUUGUUCUGUAUAUGUAUAUGCAUUCCUCUAUUUCAACCUGCUGUGAAAAUGUAAUAAAUGUCUGUGUACAAAUGGA